AUGUAUACGAAGAAGACAAAGAUUUCGUCGUCGUCGUCCCAAAAACAAAAACAAAGAAGAAACGUCGUCGUCGUUUUAGCUGAAGCAGCGGAAAGCAACAACGACAACAACUCAAACAACGAGGAAAAACAGUGCACUGGGGGAUCGUGCGAUUCGUGCGGAGUAGCGAGAGAGAAAAUGCAAUGCGAUGGAACCGGGAGAAUUCAAGGCGGAUUAGCUGCCAUUCCGUUGUUCUCUUGGUGGCCUAUUAAAGCGUACAGGCCGUGUCCAGGCCUCAUCGAAAGCGGAGGGACGUACACGAGGAAAGGACAAGACGUGGAUUCCAUCUUAUGGGGCGAGAACGGGAGAGAUUAG